GGAGGCACCCGGAAGGGGGCGUUCGACUCCCCGCCCCCUCCGAGCCCGCUGGGCUGGAGGGCGGCGCUUCCGGGGGCUGGCGAGAGGAUCGGGCACCCGGGGCGGGCCUGGCACCUCCUCCGCCCGGUGGCCGACACGCGUGAGCGCUACCAGGCCCGGGGACGUUGCCUGGGUCUGCUCUGAGGAGGCGGUCGGCGUCCUGUGCGCUUGUUCUGUGUUCGGGGACCCUCUUGCACUCUAACUCUAGGUGCCCAUCUGCACUUAAGGGUUCUCCCGUGUGCAGAGAGGGGCGGGGGAAUGCUUGAAAUUCCGACCAACCACAUGGGCACUGCUGGGUGUGGAAGCCAACCUAGUUAGCGAUGUAUCCCACUCGAGAGAUGGUGUCAGGACACGAGGGCACUCCCUAGGCAGAUGACCUCUCGCCUGAGACUGCGGAGUGGGCAGAAACCUCCUUUUAAUAUUUUCACUUGCAUCCUUGAACCUCCAACUAGAUUAUCUGCCAGCUCUUUGCAGAAUUGUGAAACGUUUAACAACUUGUUGACAGAGUUCCCAGCCUGUUACCAGACAUCCCAGGCGGGGGAGGGAGGGGACUGCUGAAUCCCAAAGGCCAGGAGCAAACCUAAGGAAUGAUAGAAGAAAUAAAACAAAAUGGAUACUUACUUUCUUCCUCCACCCCACCUUCGUCCCCAUUACGGUUCUCAGCCUCCUACCCAUGCUUCUUGGCUUAUGUUCCUGGUGGCUUUCUAAUUUUAGAUGAAAAGGAACUGCGUCUUCUCCUCUGGGCAAUUGAGAAACUUGUCCUCACUUCAUUCCUUGGUUUUGAUUCCAAUAUACUGUCAUGUCUAAUUGUUUCUUAAUUAACUUGAUCCAGAGGGACUCAGUCUGGCUUUUCUCAGUGCACAUUCUCCCGAAGUUUGUUUCUUCUGAGGCUACUUCUUGCUCACUUAUUUGUUUUCUUAGAGAAAGGGAGGGAGGUAGUUCUGCUUUAAACAAUUGGCCCAUGGUCCCCCAUGACAUGGGUUUCGUUGCAGAUAGAAGGGUGAUGAUUGUUGCAAGGUACGCUGGCAUGCACUGUCUAAAACUUGCAUGCUGUACCAGAGAAGGCAUUAAGUAUCACAGUGGAGGGCUAAAUGUUGAGUUGGUAUUUUGGAUACGAGUUUUUGGGCUAGAAAGUUUAGGGUGUUGGCCAGCUCACAGUUAGGCUUUGAAGGGAAUGGUGGUGGAGUCCACACCACAGGAGUGAUUUUGAUUUGAUAACACAAACCUGGUGUCUGCAAUAAUGAAUAUAACUGCAGUGUCUUGUUUUGUUUUAAAUUCUUGUGUGCGAUGAAGGGGGCGAAUCUGUCAGACAACCUAUCAAUUGGGCUGAUGAUGUCAUUGUUCCAGUGGCUUCUAACAGGCAUUAAUACCUGUUGGAAAUGGAUUCUCAUUGGCUGGGGCGAUUGAGUUAUGAGGCCCAGUAUUUUUGUGCCAUUUCCUGGGACUGCUUCUGUCAGAGUGAAGAGUUCUCACCAUCCCCUGCUGGCUGCCCCGUGUCCCCACUCACUUCUCCAGGGUCCCUUCCAGCCUGAUAGGAUGCAAACUAGCAACGACACGGUCACGUUUUCAGGAGAGAGAUUCAGGGUGGAGACACAUAAGAGGUAUUCAGACAGCAGAUCCACAGACCAGCAUGGCUGCCACUGCCGCUGUCAGUCCCAGUGACUACCUGCAGCCUGCCGCCUCCACCACCCAGGACUCGCAGCCAUCUCCCUUAGCCCUGCUUGCUGCAACAUGUAGCAAAAUUGGCCCUCCGGCUGUUGAAGCUGCAGUGACGCCUCCUGCUCCCCCGCAACCCGCACCUCGGAAACUCGUCCCUAUCAAACCUGCCCCUCUCCCUCUCAGUCCCGGCAAGAAUAGCUUUGGAAUCUUGUCCUCCAAAGGAAACAUACUUCAGAUUCAGGGGUCACAGCUGAGCGCGUCCUAUCCUGGUGGGCAGCUGGUGUUCGCUAUCCAGAACCCAACCAUGAUCAACAAAGGGACCCGAUCGAAUGCCAGUAUCCAGUACCAGACGGUCCCUCAGAUUCAGGCGAGCAAUUCUCAGACCAUCCAGGUACAGCCCAAUCUCACCAACCAGAUCCAGAUCAUCCCUGGCACCAACCAAGCCAUCAUCACCCCCUCACCAUCCAGUCACAAGCCUGUCCCCAUCAAGCCAGCCCCUGUCCAGAAGUCGAGUACGACCACCACUCCGGUGCAGAGCGCGGCCAGUGUGGUGAAGCUGACAGGUGGAGGGGGCAAUGUGACACUUACUCUGCCUGUCAACAACCUCGUGAACACCAGCGACACCGGGGCCCCUGCUCAGCUCCUCACGGAGAGCCCCCCGGCCCCGUUGUCUAAGACUAACAAGAAAGCCAGGAAGAAGAGUCUUCCUGCCUCCCAGACCCCCGUGGCCGUGACCGAACAGGUGGAGACGGUGCUGAUCGAGACCACGGCGGACAACAUCAUCCAGGCAGGAAACAACCUGCUCAUCGUUCAGAGCCCUGGUGGGGGCCAGCCCGCUGUGGUCCAGCAGGUCCAGGUGGUGCCCCCCAAGGCCGAGCAGCAGCAGGUAGUGCAGAUCCCCCAGCAGGCCCUGCGGGUGGUGCAGGCGGCAUCCGCCACACUCCCCACCGUCCCCCAGAAGCCCUCCCAGAACUUUCAGAUCCAGGCUGCUGAGCCGUCGCCUACUCAGGUCUAUAUCCGUACACCUUCUGGUGAGGUACAGACGGUCCUUGUCCAGGAUGGCCCCCCAGCAACAGCUGUGACCACCUCCACCACCACUUGUAGCAGCCCUCCAUCCCGUGCUGCUCAUCUAAGCGGGACCAGCAAAAAGCACUCGGCUGCAAUUCUCCGGAAAGAGCGUCCCCUGCCAAAGAUUGCCCCUGCCGGGAGCAUCAUCAGCCUGAACGCAGCCCAGCUGGCAGCGGCAGCCCAGGCCAUGCAGACCAUCAACAUCAACGGUGUCCAGGUCCAGGGUGUGCCCGUCACCAUCACCAAUACUGGCGGGCAGCAGCAGCUGACAGUGCAGAAUGUUUCCGGGAAUAACCUGACCAUCAGUGGGCUGAGCCCCACCCAGAUCCAGCUGCAGAUGGAACAGGCCCUGGCUGGAGAGGCCCAGCCUGGGGAGAAGCGGCGCCGCAUGGCCUGCACGUGUCCCAACUGCAAGGAUGGCGACAAGAGGUCUGGAGAGCAGGGCAAGAAGAAGCACGUGUGCCACAUCCCUGACUGUGGCAAGACUUUCCGAAAGACGUCCCUGCUGCGGGCUCACGUGCGCUUGCACACUGGCGAGCGGCCCUUUGUCUGCAACUGGUUCUUCUGUGGGAAGAGGUUCACACGGAGUGACGAGCUCCAGCGGCACGCCCGCACCCACACAGGGGACAAACGCUUCGAGUGUGCCCAGUGUCAGAAGCGCUUCAUGAGGAGUGACCACCUCACCAAGCAUUACAAGACCCACCUGGUCACGAAGAACUUGUAAGGCCAACUGAGGCGGGAGGCCUCGCAGAUUGCAGACCCCUGCCUGUGUCCUGCCUGGGCCCCUGGAGGAAAGAAGGCCCACGGCUGCCCUGGGCCCGCCCUCUCCCGUCCCUCCUGUUCUGCGACUGUCCCCACAGGAAGGGACUCUACCACCCCCAUACUCACCUCCUUCUGAAGCCCCUUGGCUCCUCCCUGGCCCUCCCCUCUCACCACAAGCUCCCGGCCUGCCCAGACCGUGGACAGUGGCCGUGCCCCAUGAGACGUUCUAAACCAGGACGAGUGGGAACCCUUAUUUCCAAAGGAAAAACGUGAAUUUCACUCCAUCGAGGAGCAAAGUGAGCCCCCCCUCCCCCAAACACUGCCGGAGUCGCAUUGUGCCAUGCCCCUCCCUCUCCUGCACCUCCCUGGCCCCCUCAGCCACUGCGGGUGCCCCGGGGCCCUGCACGCAGGGCACCACUGGCAUCCAGCUCCACCUCCGGAGAGGCUCCAGAGGCCGCCUCCACUCCACAUUCCCCUGCCCCACCCCAGCUCUCCUCCAGCACAUUCCAACUUUCUAUUUAAAAAGUAAAGCUACCCACGGACUCCCUGAUUCCCCUCUUUUUCUGUGGGGAACGUUGCCUUAUACUCUACUUCCGAUGAUGAACACUGUGUAUUGUGUGUGCUUUAAAGAAGUUUUAUUUAAUUGCUCCCUUCUUCCUGUUCUUGUUACUCACCUCCCCCAUGCCUGCUUUUAGUUUAGGGUUUUUGGGGGGCAAUGAUGAGCAUAUAAAUUUUUUUCUCACUCUAGUAAUUCUCUUUUCUAAACAACACAGCAUUUCAACUCGAAUCUGGAUUCAGGUAAAACACCUUCCCAUCCUGAACCUCAUCCCUCCCCCUCAUCUCACCCACCCCAACCAGCCCAAGCCCUACUUGUGUACAGUGUAUAUUGUAUAAUAGACAAUUGUGUCUACUACAUGUUUAAAAACAUAUUGCUUGUUAUUUUUGAGGCUUUUAAAUUAAACAAAAAUCCAACUUUAUUUUUAGUUGUAACUGCUUGAGGUAUGUUUUUGAAUUAAGUGACAGAUUUGUUAUCCUUUAUUAACGAUGUACUUUGUUGGUCAGCGCUGGGCUGACAAAAAUUUUUUCUUGCUAAUAAAUUUAGUUGCCUGAGGCAAAAUCUGCAA